AUGGGCGAGUGGGGCUUCUUGAGCUCGCUGCUGGACGAGGUGCAGGAGCACUCGCCCAUGGGGGGCCGCUGCUGGCUGCUGGUGACGCUGCUCUUCCGCGUGCUGGUGCUCGCCACGGUGGGCAGCGACGUCUUCGAGGACGAGCAGGAUGAGCUCGCGUGCAACACGCGGCAGCCGGGCUGCAAACCGAUGUGUUACGACGCCGCCUUUCCGCUCUCGCAUUACCGCUUCCUGCUUUUCCUCGUGCUCGCUCUCUCGGCGCUCUUCCUCAUCUUCGCCGUGCACCAAACGGCCAAAGCGGGGCUCCCAGCGGGGCGGCGCUUCUACGCGGGCAGCGUCGCGCUCCGCAGCGCGGCCGAGUUGUCGUUCCUGCUGGGGCAGCCGCUGCUCUACGGCUCCCGAGUGCCGCCGCUCUUCGUCUGCCGCCGCCGGCCGGGCCCGCACCGCGUCCACUGCUUCGUGUCCCGCCCCACCGAGCGGACCGGCUUCAUCCGCUUCUACUUCGCCGUCGGGUUGGCGUCGGCGCUGCUCAGCCUGGCGGAGCUCGGCCACCUCCUGCGCAAGAGCCGAACGGCCCCCGAGAAGAUCCCCACCUCCGGGGGGGCGGCUCAGCAGCUGCGCCCCCCAGUGCGAGCUGCCCUGGAUGCGUGA